AUGGAGCAGUCGUCGGCACAGAACUCGAUGCCGGGUCUGCCCCAUGCGGGCGCAUCCUCGGGUGUCGCGUCGGUGUCUGAUUACUGGCCCCCUUUGGACAUGAUCUUUCCCGACUCUCAUCUCCAAUUUCAAUCAGCUCAGCCAUCUCAAGCGCAGAAUCCAUCUGCACAGCAACAGCAGCAGCAGGCGCCAAUGGGAAUCACCUGGGAUCACCCUGUUUUUCAUCAACAACAGCAACGGGCCCCACACCAACAAAAUCCCAUAAACGCUCAUACAGACCCCAAUCAUGGCAUCUAUUCCACGAUCCCGCCUCCAUCCUGGCAGCACAAUACUCUGCCAUCCGCGGCUCGAUUCGAAGACUCUGCCCCAUAUUCGUCUCAUCCGCAGGCCGCACAAUACCAGCAGGGCCAGAUGGCGUUUGACUCAGGUCCUAUCGCGACACCCGAAAGCUCGGUCUUCCCGUCGUACUACCAGCAGAAUUUCUUCCAUCCACAGCAGAUUUCUCUGGAUGGGACAUUCUCACAGCGACCUGCUCAGUCGCAACAGCCGCCGCAGCGACAGCUGUCUCGAACUCCGCAGCAAACGCAGCGGCAACAACAGCAGCAACAGCAUCAGCAACUGUCAGCACCGUCGCAUCCACCUCAGUCCCAGCCGCCGCCACAACCACAACCACAGCCACAGCAGCAGCAGCAGCAGCAGCAACAACAACAACCGCAAUUACAACAGGGGCAGCAGCAGCGCCCGCAACACCUGGAGUAUUCCAAUGGUGGUCACCAUUCUACAACGCAAUACCCACUCUCCGCGAGCUACUCCCAAGACAUGAUGACGAACACGAUCGAUCUCACGAACGACGGCUACCCCAAUACUGGGGCAGCUUCACAUCAAACAAUUGAUCCCUCGUAUCUCGACGGGCUCGCACGCUCUUCGAAUGCAUCUCACACUCUUCCCCAUGACUUCUCCUUCAACAGUCCGGCGGACUAUCAAACACCCGACGGAAUGUUCAAUUACUUCCAGAAUGAUUUCCAUGUCCAGCCACAGGUUGGAGUUCCUAGACCAAAAGGGACUUCUCAGCCCGGCGUCCUUGCCUCAGGGGCUUCUGGAGAUUCUCACCAACCCGGUCCAACCAGCCAGCCAGCAAAGGCUCAAGUUAAUAAAUCAUCUCAACCAAAGAAGACCGCAAAGAAGAACCAGAAGACUCGAAAGAAUGGAUCUGAAAGUGAGACGUCUGGCGAGUCUGAUCUGGAAGUGGAGCCUGAACCAUCCCCACUACCUCCGACUCGUCCGACCGAUCCCAUUGAGGCUGCAAGUUAUGACACUACAAAGGCAGUAUGGUCUCCACGUAACUUGCAUGUUCCCGCGGAGAAGGUAAAGGCUUCUUUGGUAGCAUUUAAGGAUGUUGUUAAGGCACUCCGUGACGGCUGGAAAGACCAGGUACAAGCCAUGAAAACUGCAGAGAACCAGGGAGACAACGAUAAGGCAUCUCAAAUUAAGCAAUCGGUCUCUCUCUAUCGUCGCACAAUGGAGAGAAUCAUCUCUACCACGUUUGAGACCGGUCACCCUGUCAUCAUUGAAAAGCUUGGCGAACAUCCGAUGACUCUCUCUGUGUUCUACUCAUUCCUAGCCGACCGGUUUCAGGCUGCUGACCUGGACGGUUCAUUGACCAUCAGCCUACUGAAGCUUCUCGCGCGAUUCGUGACUGUAGACGAGGAACUACUCCAGAAAACGAACAUGGCUAAAUUGCUUCCUCGUUUUGUCAAGAAGGGCACCUCAUCCACUAAGGAACUCGCGCAGAAUAUCCUAGACAAUGCUGCUGUCUCUACCAAAAGAAAACAAAGUAAUACAAAGCCACCUAAAGAGGAGUCACCUGCCAAGCGCGACUCGCCCUCGGUGGAAAUCGCCGGAGUUAAACGUUCUCGUGAUAAUGAGAGUCACGCUCAGCCCGCCACGAAACGCAUGGUGGUCACCUCGAGUUCCAGAGAGAACGGAAAGUCGUCUCCUGCGCCGGUGGGCCCUGUCAAAAGAGCUGAAAAUGGCUCACAGAAUGGCAAGCCUCCCACUACCCAGGUUGCUCCGCGGCCCAAGGCUCCGGUGGCUGCCCCUAAGCCCACAGUAUUCUUCGGUGCACUGAGUUCUGCAUCCAAGAGACUGGGUACUACGAAUGCAGAGAGAAAAGCCGCCCAGGCAGCUGCCAAAUCUACACCACCCCCGGAAACGAAAGAAAAGCCCGCCCCACCUGCGCCAAAGCCAGCAUUUUCAUUUGGGGACCUCAUGGCUGAUCUCAACAAGCCAAAGCAAGCCGUCGUUGCGAAGCCUUCUGAGGAUGUCCCGCUCGAAACUGAGGAGGAGCGACAGAAGCGGCUCCGGAAAGAGGCUCGACGUAAACUUCGUGUUACCUGGAAGCCGGAUGAGUCCUUGACAGAGAUCAGAUUAUUCACCCAUGAUCCUGACGAGGAGCUCGGCCCGGGAGAUGGAUCCCUACGUAGUAUGGGUGAUGUCAAGGGCGAAGGUAGUGUGCUCAAGCUUCACAAGGAUCUAGAGGAGCUUGAGGAGGACGAUCUUGGUGGCAUUCGGGAGGUAUCAUUGAGUCCCUACGCCGAGUUGUCUGAAAUCCUCAUCGAGUCUUCGGAAAUGAAGUCGGCGAACUUCAUUAAACGAGGUGGUGAUGAGCAGCCCGUCAGCCAGGAGAAGUCAGAGCAAGACCAACGCGAGGCGACGACACUUAUGGUCUUUCAUCCAUCUCCCGCGGAUGUGCCUUCCACCCCGAAAGAACCUCCUGCUGCUGCUGACCCCGGUGAGAGCGCUACCGAAGUGGUGCCAUUCGGCGAUAUCCCGGACAACGUGAAGAUUCGGCAAGAACGGUACUACGAGUUUAUCAAUCCCAAGCCCGCGCCGGUCUCCAGCUCAAUGCCGGUCCCUGGUGUUCCCAGUGCUCCCGCUGCUGUGCAGGCCGGGACUCCCGGUUUCGACAUCUCCAAUUUGCUCAAACUGAUAAAUGCUGGUACGGCGCCGCAACCACCUGCAGUCGCUGCACCAAGCCAGCCGGCGGCCCAGCAAUCACCUUUGUCUGACCUCGAGCGAACGAUCAACAUGUUCCGUCAGCAACAGACGCAACCAACAAUUCCUCAGAUACCUCAAAUCCCUCAGGUUCCACUUCCCCAGGUUUCGCAGGUUCCUAUGACGCAGCCGCAGGUUGCGCCAGGUGGCGUAAACUUCCAACAGCUCAUGAAUGUCAUGCAGCAAUUUCAACAAGGUGGUGCUUUCCCUCCGAAUCAACCGGCGCAAACACAAUCUGCAAUGGCCCCCGGCAUGGGCGCCAUGCUGUCACAGUUCACCGCUCAAAACCAGCAGGCCGUCUCAUCCACGCACUAUGAGGACCCUGAGCGUAAGCGAACACGCGAUGUCGGUCAGUAUGGCGAUCAGUAUGAUAGCCAGUGGAGUCGCGGCAAGCGAACUAAAGCCAACGACCCCAAGCCUUACAAGGUCGGACUGGUCGCCUGCAGAUUCUGGAAAGAAGGUAAAUGUAGGAAAGGCGACAACUGUACUUUCCGGCACGACCCAUGA